AGUUUCCUAUCUGAAGCGUUGAAAUUGGGGCUUGAUUAAAAUCUGUGUAAGCGAAAGCAAUAUUCUAACGUGUUGUGUUUCCAACUAUCCCUUUCACUGAUCCACGAAAAAUUGUUUAACAUCAACGCCAGUGAAUUACGUAAUUCCAUUUCCGGCGGUUUAUCACAGAAUUUAUUUACAUGCUCCUUGUUCCCAAAGCUAUUUGUAAUAUGUUUAAAUCAUGUUUGGUGAACAAGCCUUCUUGACAUUCUUUUAAAACCGCUAUAUCAAUAUGGCAGAAGCUUGUGUGGUUGAUGGAUCAAAAGACAGUUCAAAACACAAAAAAAUGGCCGACAAAGUCGAGUAUAAAAACGAACGAGUUAAGUUUGAAGAAGCGGAACUGUCAACAACAAACCUCAGCGAAAGAAAGAAAACAUUGAAAAUAGUAUGUGUUGGUGACUACUGCGGCGGUUGGAGUAAGGGAGUAUAUAUUGAGGACUAUACGUCGUCCGAUGGAACGAUUGUUGAAAAUCCCAAUAAUUUCCCAGUUAUUGGUGCGACUUUCGCGACGAAAUGCGUUUGUGUUCAAUCGGGCGAAGAUAUACGUGUCAUUUUAUGGAAUACGGCUGAGAACGAGCGUUUUUUCCCUGUGAAUAGGACAAUUUACAGAAAUGCCGAUGGCGCUGUCGUGUUUUGGGGCGCCAAGGGAUCAAACAUGGAUUCGGCGUUAAAAUAUCAUCACGAAGUUACGCAAAUCGAGCCGGAUAUUCCCAUCGUUUUGCUGGUUGAUAAUGUUUAUCAAAUGCCAGUGAACUGGAUUGGUGAUGGCAUGGCAACACAAUCCCGCGAGGAAAUGGACGCUUUCUGCGCGCGGCACGGCUUUUUUGCGUGGUUUGAAAUGCAAGAACGUGCUGGCGGUGAGCAAAGUGUCUUUGCGCUAGCCAUAAAGACACUUAUCGAUAGAAUUAUUUCGUUGAAUCCAAAACGAGUUUAGGAUAAAAGUUUUGGAAAUAUUUACCAUGUAAUUUAUUUUGACUAUUCAAAAUAGUGAUAGUUGAAAAGCAACAACCAUGCCACCAUGAGAAAUUGUGGGCUCAGAGUUAAAAUUUAUUGAGGGGGGAUACCUCUGACAUGAUUUUUAAUAUGUACAACUGGGGGCUCUAGGGACUAAUAUACCUCAAAGCAAUAAAAAAACUGUAAUGCAUAGUCAUAGGAAAUAUUGAUAAUGAAGCGGGUAUUUACAAUAUCCAUUAAGUUCCUUUGAAAUUAUUUUCAACAAAUUAUAACAUGAAUUUAUGAAUAUGAGCCCCCCCCCAAUUUUCAAUCUUCCUACAUCCAUGUUUUAAUGUACAAUCUUUAAUAAAAAAAAAACAACCCUAAAUUUAAUUCAAACUAAAACAUAAUGUGAAAAGAAGGCAUGUACUAAAAUCAAACAUAAGUUAUAAACCAAGACAAAGUAAACUUUUAUAUUUCUGAUUUAUUUCAAAACCAUCAUUCUGUCUGAUGAUGGUUUUGAAAUAAACCGAGCUAUUAUAGUUUAAAUUGUCUUUGUUUAUAGCUUAAAUUUGAGUUUAUGAGAUGUCCUCUGUUCGGAAUAUGUUUUAUUUUGAAUUUCAUAAAAUUGUCAACUGGUUGUAAAUUUUUAUGCACUACCCUACCCUCUUUUAGGGCUUGGCAACAACAUAUUCGAUAAAUAUGUUGUUGAGUCCAUUUGAAGGGGGGAGGGGUAGUCAGUAGACUAACAAUAUAUCAAGCCGAUGAUGGGUAAAAUAUGUUUGCACUUACUGUUACAGUAGAACUGUAUUGAUUAUCAUUUAUAUGAAAUACAUUUGCCACAGGCUAAAAUAAAAUAGCAAUGCAUUAAAAA